GCGGCCGUGCGCGCUCCUCGUGAUUCCCCUGACCGGUGCAGGGACAAGUUGCUUCCUGAAGGAUCCAUGUGUAUUGUUCAAAACAAUCAUAAAAAGUGUCUACAGACAGAUGGCCUACAUCUUCGUGUAUGGCACCCUGAAGCGGGGCCAACCCAACCACAAAGUCAUGCUGGACCAGUCACAUGGCUUAGCGGCUUUCAGAGGCCGAGCCUGCACAGUUGAGUCCUUCCCACUGGUGAUUGCAGGCGAGCACAACAUACCUUGGCUGCUGUACCUACCAGGCAAGGGCCACUGUGUGACAGGUGAGAUCUACGAGGUGGACGAGCAGAUGUUGCACUUCCUGGAUGACUUUGAAGACUGCCCCAGCAUGUACCAGCGCACAGCCCUGCAGGUGCAGGUGCUGGAAUGGGAGGGUGACAGUGGCCCUGGGGACAGUGUGCAGUGCUUUGUGUACACUACAGCCACCUAUGCACCCGAGUGGCUGUUUCUUCCCUACCAUGAAAGCUAUGAUUCUGAGGGUCCACAUGGGCUACGCUACAAUCCCCGGGAAAACAGAUGAGGGGCUGUACCCCAGAUGUUAACAGGAUGGAGGGAACCUAGUAGCUGUCUGGUAUAAGCAGAGCUUUCCAAGUUCAACUCUAAAGCAUGUUGACAAAACAUGUUUUGUCGUAUACUCUAAUCUGAUGUUACUUAAUACUGCUUUAGUCUUAAGGAGCACCUGGACUUGCAGAUACUAGACAGGAAACACUCUACACUGAGGUCCCUGACAUGGCUACAGGAUACCUGGAACUCCUAACUGCCCCCCCCCCCCUUUUUUUUUAAAUUUGCUUUGCUCUAACCUGAAGAUGGCAUCUUCUGAGACUAAAAAGACUAGAGAUGCAGUUGCAUCUCAGAAGUUGAAUCUAGAAAGAAGUAGUAGGAAAUACUGAAUUGGGUCACAUCAGUGUAAAAACAUCAAGGAAAGCAUGUUGUACCUAAACUGUGUGCCCUAUCCACCCCACCCCCACUUGUAACUUCCAAAUCACAAACUAUUAAA